AUGGCAUCUUCAACCUCAAUAUUCUAUCUUCUCACAAUGCUAUUGUUAUCAGUGACAGAAAUGGCUUUGGCGACCAAAAAGACUUACAUAGUUCACAUGAAACACAACCACAAUGCUUAUGAUUCUAUGUCUAUGUUCUCUUCCAUUCUCCAAUCUACUUCUGAUUCCAUACUAUAUACCUACACUACCUCUUACAACGGUUUCGCUGUUUUUCUUGAUACUCAACAAGCGCAAACAUUGCGUGGUUCUGAUAAUGUUCUGGGGGUGUACGAAGAUACACUGUACGAGCUACACACUACCCGCACCCCUGAGUUUUUGGGUUUGCUUCAAAUUCAAACCCAUUCUCAGUAUCUUCAUCAACCUUCAUACGAUGUUGUUAUCGGUGUUCUUGACACUGGCGUUUGGCCAGAAUCACAGAGCUUUCAUGAUUCUGAAAUGCCACCAAUCCCAUCUCGAUGGCGUGGAGAGUGUGAGUCUGCACCAGAUUUCGAUUCUUCUCUUUGUAACAAAAAGCUUAUCGGUGCCAGAAGCUUCUCCAAGGGCUAUCUCAUGGCUGCUAACGGAGGUGGUAGAAAGAAAACAGUUGACCUUGUUUCACCUCGCGACAGAGAAGGACACGGUACUCAUACUGCCACAACCGCCGCUGGCUCCGCCGUUGCUAAUGCUACUCUUCUCGGUUAUGCUACCGGUACAGCACGUGGUAUGGCACCUCAGGCGCGUGUUGCUACUUAUAAAGUUUGCUGGAGUGACGGUUGUUUUGCCUCUGACAUACUUGCUGGUAUAGAUCAGGCGAUUCAAGACGGUGUUGAUGUUCUAUCGAUUUCCAUCGGCGGUGCUUCCUCCACUCCUUACUACUUUGACACCGUCGCAAUCGGAGCCUUUACGGCGGUGGAGAAGGGGAUAUUCGUUUCGUGUUCAGCGGGGAAUACUGGACCUCGGAGUGGUUCGUUAUCGAAUGUAGCUCCGUGGAUCAUGACCGUCGGAGCAGGGACGCUAGAUCGGGAUUUCCCAGCUUACGCUACAAUCGGAAACGGAAAAAGAUUCUCCGGCGUUUCGCUUUACAGUGGAGAAGGAAUGGGAGACGAACCGGUUAGUUUGGUUUAUUUCAACGAACGGUUCAAUUCAUCCAGCAGCAUAUGUAUGCCCGGUUCACUUGACCCGGAAAUCGUACGCGGGAAAGUGGUAGUUUGUGAUAGAGGUGUGAACUCACGUGUUGAAAAAGGCACAGUGGUGAGCAUCGCCGGCGGAGUUGGGAUGAUUCUGGCAAACACGGCGUCGAGCGGCGAGGGAUUGGUCGCUGACAGUCACUUAGUGCCUGCCGUAGCUGUGGGAAAAAACGAAGGCGAUGAGAUUAGAGAAUACGCAUCGUUGGAUCGUAAUCCAACGGCUGUCCUUAGUUUCGGUGGAACUGUAUUGAACGUGAGACCUUCGCCCGUGGUAGCAUCUUUCAGCUCUCGUGGGCCCAACGGUGUGACUCCUCAAAUUCUCAAACCAGAUGUUAUUGGACCUGGCGUCAACAUCUUAGCUGGAUGGACCGGUGCUGUUGGGCCCUCGGGCUCACAAGAUAGUCGCAAAACCCAAUUCAACAUCAUGUCUGGUACAUCAAUGUCAUGUCCGCACAUAAGUGGAGUAGCUGCGUUGCUGAAAGCGGCGCAUCCAGAUUGGAGUCCAAGUGCCAUCAAAUCAGCUUUGAUGACAACAGCAUACACACAUGACAACACUGAGUCUCCUCUAAGGGAUGCAACUGGAGAGGCUUUAUCCACACCAUGGGCUUAUGGGGCCGGUCAUGUCAACCCACAAAAGGCCCUAUCUCCUGGUCUUGUUUAUGAUUUAGACACCAACGAUUACAUACCAUUCUUGUGCUCCUUAAACUACACACUUGACCAUGUGAAACUCAUUGUCAAGCGUCCUAAUGUUAAUUGUUCCAACUCUUUGUCUGAUCCUGGUGAACUCAAUUACCCAUCAUUUUCCGUUGUUUUUGGAAACAAUAGUGUUGUUGUUCAAUAUAAGCGUACAUUAACUAACGUUGGGGAGACAGAAUCCGUUUAUGAUGUGGCCGUUACUGGACCAUCCACGGUGGGGAUAACGGUGAGUCCUACAAAGCUUGUGUUUCAACAAGUUGGAGAAAGGCAAACAUAUACGGUGAACUUUGUCUCCAACAAAGAUACUUUUGAUGAUUUGGGUACGUCUGAAUUUGGCAGUAUUACAUGGAGCAACAAACGACAUCAAGUUAGGAGCCCAGUUGCUUUUACAUGGACCAAUUUAUGA